AGACUCGUCAGAGGAGGACCUCAGCAGUACUCGUAGAGGUAGCAGCUGCACUUACUGCAUCUGGACUUUGCAAACCCCUCGACUGGGUACAUGAGUGAAUGGGUGCACUACUCACAGAAUCAGAGUCAUCAACGACAAAGCUGCAUCAACAACAAAGAUGGCGGGUCCUCCACGUCCAAAAAGAUGGAUUUGUUCUGCCGUGGUGUUGGCUUCUAGUCCUGCUCCAUCAGCGGGACUAAGUCGUUCUUCGGAUGCCGUUCCUAACCGUAGUGCGUCGAAAGCGCGGACGGUGUCUAAAACUCGAGGAGGGUUUGUCGAGACAGGAGCACUCUUGGGUAACCUAGUAGGCCCCUGGCUUGGGUCCAUGUGUACGGUGUCAAAAGGUCUCUCCUCCUGCUGUGAGACUUCUUCUAUAACGUUGGCAGGAACUACCGGAGCUGCAACAGCGUCGUUGAAUACAAGUACAUCUAUUAAGGGUUUCCGAAUUACAUCCCUCACCGCCAUCCUUGGCUCCUUUUCAAGGGGAGAAUGGGCCAAAGAUGGUCUGAAGAAUGCAACUCGGCAACCUCUAAAUCUAGAGAAGCUGCAGGAGCAUCUGCCUCAGAAGGACGGGCUCAAAGGAGUUCUUGUAGAGAGGAUGGACGCUUAACGCGGCGAGAUGAAGAGCAUGAUCGGCUUAGAGGUGUACUUGUUGAGCCACAUGUUGAUAAAGACACAGAUUUACAGCGACCUCGGGAACGUCAGCACGACCAUCAACAGGAUAAGGAAGAUGAUUAUUGGAACAAGAAGCCGCCUCCGCCUACUGCGCUCUGCGCUCCGUGCUUGGGAACAGAUGUCACAGAUACGCUUGUACGUGUACAACAUUCUGUGGGGUCCAGCGGUACCCAAAGCGAUCGACUCAUAGUGCGCGGAUCCUACUCUGGAAUUGGAACUACCUUUGAAGCUGGAGGACAGCCUGUCACUUGGAAGCGGCAAACAGUUGGGAGAAGUAACUCCAAGCAGGGAACGAAACUAGUGCAGGAGCUUUUUUCAUCUACUGGUCGUGGGAGUAAAGAUCCUGCUUCUAGAAUCCAAAACCGUCUCGAUGAAGAGGGUUAUCUUGCUGAUGAGAGUUUGCGCUGGGACACUAGCAGUGAUGGUAGCGAGGGAGAAGGACAACGACACGUGCAGUACGAGGAUGAGGAUAGAACAAGGCCAUAUCACGGUUGUGGCGAGGGUCAUGCUAGGAGUGCUGGCUCUGGCAUAGACAUGAAUGAAAAGAGAACUAGUUCUCCUGCAUCUCCGUUGAUGAGAAGAGGAUCGAUACAGAUCAGGGAAACUCCUCUAGACGGACGCAGAAGAGAACACAGUACUACAACUCUUAGUGUAGGUGGUGGAGCGAGCUCGUCUAGUAUUCUGGGACAGCAGCCACAGAGAAGCGGUACGACGAUGUUGGACCAACGUUUAUAUCCGAAAAUAUUAUCUGAUGAAUCCUCUGGUAAUAAACGAGAUACUUCUGCAGAAGUAUCUCGUUUGAGUGGAAGACGGGCAGGAAUAUUUUUUCCGCCCAAUAAUCAUCGAGAAACAUCGCACGUGCUGAGGUAUCCUGAUAGUCCUGUUGUUGUUGGUCCGGCCGUUCGUGGUCGAUCCGUAGGCAAGCGUGAGCAAGCAGAUCUUCAUAAAAAGCCUCCGAUUCUAGGAGGUGGUGGUCUUGAUGAACAUAUUAGUGGCAAACCUAGUAGAGCGGCAGCAGGGGUGACUAGAAAGAAUAGUGCCAUGAGUAGUAGUAAGAAGAAGCAUAUGCAAGAUGCACACCAUCCGUUGCAGCCAGGAGGAACCUUUGGCCAACAAUUGGGUAGUGGUCCUCUGACUAGAGGACAGCACGAUCCAUUGUCCAACAUACCAGAUCGACAUGGAGGAACCACAAUGUCUCUGAACUGUGUGUCAGCAGCCUUUGAUUUUUGGUGUCCUCAGACGCCAACUACUACAGCUCCUUUGUCCCGGUCCACUCCUCCUCCGAGGAAUGCGGAUGAAUUAUUAACUUCGACUUCUACAGGCAGGCGAAAAGCCGGAAAGAAGGUGACCAUGCCAGAGUUCCCGGCGCAACUUUUGAAGGAAAUGAAAUCUUCAAGUGCAUUGAAUAGUAGUAGUACAACCUUCGCUACUUCUUCAAGUUGUGUAGCAGCAGAUGCCCUAAGAAGACCGGAGGAGACUGAGAAACUAUUGCAAGAACAUGAAGACGAAGAGGAGCCACGGCGGCUAAGAAAUGAACCUUGUAAGUCCGAAGCGGACCAAACAAGUGGGGAGCAAAUGGAUGCGGAUUGCGAAGACGGAAAUGGACUAGUUAUGAUCAACUGCAUCAUUCCUUCUCAUAGAGCAGAUCGGUAUUCUACAUCCAAGAAGAUGUUGCUGCUUUGUAGCCAUGUAUUUAUGUAGCAGUCUGUAAGGAGUCUUCUAAGACAGAAAGAGGUGGAGCCCCUCCCGCGGACGAGGAUGAAGACGAGAUCUUACUACGGACUCGUCGAGAUCUAUGGCAGCGAUACUCAGCAGCAUCGCACCCCGUAACACGCAUGUGAUUUUUUGAGUACCUAGCCUCAAGUAUUGUUCCGAGAUAGCACGACGAUCUUGAGCUUAUAUUCAGAGGUCUCAUCAUAGAUAGAGUAAAUAGAUCUUCCAAAUAGAUUAAGUCCGCUUGUGGUUGUGCGUCACAUAUUUAUUGUUUUUCACCAUUGUCUUGCCUUUGGGAAUGGUCUUAACUGACACAUGCUCUCUUUUGUCACAACUUACACUUAGUUUUUUUUAUAUGAUGGUUAAGUUUUUUCAUCAUUGUGUUAGGUAGUUAGUAGUCGAGAAUAUCUAGCUCCUCGGGUUUGCACUGAGCAUUUUUGUGGCACUGGAAGCAGAUGUGCCUGGCAACUAUAGUGUACAUCAUCAUGUCUAAGUUUAUUACAUUACUCCUGUCAUCCUUCCUCUUGUUUCCUGCAUAAUGCCAGACUAGCUGCACUGCUCUCUAUGGAACAAGAAGUGCAAGUUGCACGCUCUGAAAUCGCAAGAAAGGAUUUACUUUAAAUUUGAUAACAACAAGUACUAGAGUCGCUAAAGUUUUUUCUCAUUGUCAACCCAGUACGUUAAAUGCAAAUUAUAUAUUAUAUGACUUAUCACUGUAAAAACGCGCUCUUUGUGAUGUGCACUUUGAAAAAUAAGACCAGGUCUAAUCCGGAGUUUAAAAAAGGGGUACCGAUCAGAUAGUGACUAGGAGAUGGCUGCCGCUCAUACGCCAGGUGAGUGGGUAGUAGCAUUGACAUCGCAUGAAUAUGACC